AUGUUAUUUGAGCGGGCUCCCGAGGCCUUGGCGACCGCAGAGCCCACGAUGCAGAAAACCGCCUACUACGACAAUGCGGCGCUCUUCGGGGGCUACGGCGGUUACGGCAAAGCGGAUGCCUACGCCUACACCAGCGGCCCGCCGCAGCCCUACGCCCAGCCGGCUCUGGACACCGACUACCCGGGCUCGGCCUGCUCCCUGCAGGGCGCCGCCCCCAUCCGGCCGCCGCCGCCGCCGGCCCACAAGAGCGCCGACCUUAGCGGCAGCUGCAUGCGCACGGCCGGGGGCAGCCAGGCCGCCGCGCCGCCGCCGCCCCCAGGCCUCGCCGAGCAGCAGCAGCCUCCGCCGCAGCAGCAGCAGCAGCCUCCGCCGCAAGCGCCGCCCCCCGCGCUGCCCUCGCCCUCCCCGCCGAACAAUAACCCCGCCCACGCGGUUCCCGCCAGGAAGGGCAAGGGCGGGCCCAACGCGUCGAGCGGCUCGACGGCCACCAUCAGCAAGCAGAUCUUCCCCUGGAUGAAGGAAUCGCGCCAGAACUCCAAGCAGAAGAGCAGCUGCGCCCCCGCAGGAGAGAACUGUGAAGAUAAAAGCCCCCCAGGCCCUGCUUCCAAACGGGUCCGCACCGCCUAUACCAGCGCGCAGCUGGUGGAGUUGGAGAAGGAGUUUCAUUUCAACCGCUAUCUCUGUCGCCCACGCCGCGUCGAAAUGGCCAAUCUGCUGAACCUGACAGAGCGUCAGAUCAAGAUCUGGUUUCAAAACCGGAGGAUGAAGUACAAAAAAGACCAGAAAGCCAAAGGGAUUAUGCACUCCCCGGUGGGACAGUCCCCUGACCGAAGCCCGCCUCUAAGCGGCCCAAACCACGUAGGAUACUCCAGCCAGCUCCCCACCGUCAGUAGCUUAAGCUAUGAUGCUCCGUCGCCAACAUCCUUUGCCAAAUCGCAGCAAAACAUGUAUGGGCUGGCAGCUUACACGGCCCCUCUCAGCAGCUGCUUGCCCCAGCAGAAAAGGUACCCAGGAGCCGAAUAUGACCAUCAUGCCAUGCAAAGCAACGGUGGCUUUGCCAACCCCAAUUUGCAGGGCAGCCCUGUGUAUGUUGGGGGGAACUUUGUUGAUUCCAUGCCAGCCUCUGGCCCGAUGUUCAACAUCAGCCAUCUUUCUCAUCCUUCAUCCGCCAGUGUGGACUACAGCUGUGCUGCUCAGAUCCCGGGCAACCACCACCAUGGACCUUGUGACCCUCAUCCCACGUACACAGAUCUUACUUCUCAUCACACAUCUCAGGGAAGGAUUCAGGAAGCCCCAAAACUAACGCAUCUGUAGUAGACUGGAAUGGAUUCAAAAAGAGAGACAGAGAGAGAGAUUUAAUGUACUCGCAUUUAAAUUACCUCACUUUUUUCCUGAUGUUACAGUAUAAUUACUUUGAGUACUUCAAGUAUUAGUGGAUUUCUGUGUCCCCAGUAGCAGCUAUGUUAUACUGUUUAUUUCUCUGGUGACUCCUAAGUCCAUGAUUUCUUUU